CUAGGUUGUCGUGCGGUUUAGUGCACCAUUAUCGCGACCUUCUCUCUAGAAGCGUCCCAGCCCCCCUCUCUCACUAUCACUCUCCCUACUCCCUUCCCACUUAACGUCCUUCCUUGUGUUAUCUUUUCCCGGCUCGCCAUUGUAACUCGGGCUUUCUUCUCUUCUUUCCCUAACUCCCUUGGUUGGCGACUCUCCCACGCUCCUUUAACCAAAAUAAUCUCGAGAGCUUCUCCAUCGUCUUGGGCGCAUAAUCUUCGGAGAGUCAAUCGCAACACGUCACCAGUAGCCAUGUCGCUUUUCAGCUGGUGUUCGAGACGAGUCGGAGGGCUGGCCAUGCUAAUGACCAUAGCCCUCAGCUACUGGGUUAUCUCCAAGGAAGCAGCUGUAGCACGAUAUGACUACAAGUAUAUUCCACAGGAUUCACUGAGCAAACCAUCGCACUCGACCACUGCUCCCUCUGAGGGAGCUGGUAUCUGGACUCUCAUCUUCGCCUACUACUGCCUGUUUAUUCACCUGCUGGUCUCCGCCUUCCCUUUACGAUCAUGCUACGCCCUCUUCGACAUAACGCGAAGCUUGACCAAAGUUGCGCGAAGCACCUCUCUCCGGGACUUCAAGCUAACCCACCGUCGUCGCGGUUCCUCCACUUCUCUAUCCAGCUCCGAGACAUUGACCUCCUCUAAAGAAGACUCCCUCCCUUCGUCUGCUACUAGCAGCGAAGCUGGCGACAUUGAAUCCGAAUUCUACACCGACGGAGACGCUGUCCAUGAUCAGGUUGUUCAUGCAAUUGUUAUCCCCAACUACAAGGAGGAGGUUGACAGCUUGAGAGAGACGCUUGAUGUUUUGGCUUCGCACCCCCAGGCCCGAUCCGACUAUGAUGUCUACCUCGCUAUGGAACAACGUGAACACAAUGUCGAGAUGAAGGCUAUGGGUAUCAUUCAAGAAUUCGUCAAGAAGUUCCGUUCAAUCGACUUUACUCUCCACCCUUCCGAUAUCCCUGGCGAGUCUCCCGGAAAAGGUAGCAACAUGGCAUGGGCUGCGCGUAAGCUCAGCGAGAAGUACACGUCGGGCAUGAGGAAAAAUGUGAUUGUAACUGGAAUUGAUGCUGACAGCCAUCUGUCGAGCAACUACUUCGCCCAGCUCACGAACAUGCACGUUUCAUUCGUUGACACUGCCAGUACCACUCUUUAUGCUGCUCCCAUUAUUUUCGAUCGUAAUGCUCAUGCCGUCCCUGCUAUUGUCCGUGUGGCGGACAUUCUAUGGGCUGCUGCUGGUCUAUCUGGUCUCUACCGUGGUUCAACUAUUGCUCCCCCUACUUCUGUUUACUCUGUGCCGCUUACCUUGGUUGACCGAGUUGGAGGAUGGGAUGGUGAUUCCGAAGCUAUUGGCGAGGAUUUGCACAUGUAUCUGAAGUGUUUCUUCGCGCUCAACGGAAACUUGACUGUGCGGGCCAUCUUGAGUCCUGUUAGUCAGAGCAAUGUUAAGGGUAACGGCGGCGAGGGAGUUCAAGAAGUUUACAACGACAUGCAGGCCCGUUACAAGCAAGCUCUACGACACAUGUGGGGAGCUUUGGAUUCUGGUUUUGCCCUUCGAAAGUUUGUGGAGCUCUGGCAAGAGCGAAAUCACACUGCCAGAGCUUUCCGCCCACUCCACGUUGCCUUGAACAAUCCUACCGACUCAUACAUCACUCAGAGCCAAUUGGACAUAAGUCCUGAGCAAACUCUCGAGAGCCAAGUUUUCCACGAUGUUACUUCCGACACGUUGAAGGAGCCUGACUGGAAACGAAUUGUUGUCCUUUUCCACCGACUUUUCGAGGCCCACUUCCUGCCCCUUCAAAUGACUAUUCUUGUUGUUGCAUCUACGCUAUACAUGUGGGUGACCGAGGGCUCGGACCCCCAUCAGCUAGGUUGGCUUUUUUCUCUGUGCAACAUCUUGCGGACAGUCGGCCUUAUGGAGGUCGUGAUGAUGCUGUUCUUGUAUGAGAAGUUCCACAAAAUCUGCGUCACCACACGAGAGAGGGAAAUGAACGAGGCUGGUCUAUCCAAGGGAAUGUGUUUCUCCCACCGUCAGAUCAAGAAGAAUUUUAUCGAUUAUGCCAUGGCACCGCUUGUCGCACCGCUAUACGGUUCGAUACCGACUGCCCAGGCUCAACUAAUGCACUUCUUCACAUUAGAUUUGGUGUACACGGUCAGCAAAAAGGUUACGCGGCAAAGAGCAAAGUCUGUGCUCGCGAAUGUUACGCCGUAAGAGGUUGGCUGUUUAUGAGUUUUAAUAAUAUUCGUCCAGACCAUC